AUGACGAUGUCAGGCAAUAGUUUAGCAUACCAAAGAAUUAUUUUAGUUUCUUCAUUACUCUUCAGUCUCUUCUCAUCUUGCUAUGCUGCUGUUAAGGUCAACUCUUCAGAGCUUUAUCUCUCCUCAGACUUCAAGAUUACCUCGACUGCUCAAACCAGGAACUACAGGUGGACUCUGACUAAUGAAACGGCGGCUCCAGAUGGAUAUACCAGAAAUAUGCUUGUAAUAAAUUCUCAUCGCGAUGAUUUUGAGCUGAGAGCUGACAGAACAUCUAAAAAUGCAUCCGUCUUGGCUUUGCAGGAAGGGGAUACAAUUAAUAUUGUAGUUACCAAUACCUUGAAUGGCUCUGUUUCUAUUCAUUGGCACGGCCUUCACCAAAACGGCACGGGAUGGAUGGAUGGUGUUACUGGUGUGACCCAGUGCCCAAUUCCAGCUGGUAGCACUUUCACGUAUACAUUUACCGUCAGCGGACAAUAUGGCACAUUCUGGUAUCAUGCUCACUCUCAGAACUACGCCGCGGACGGUGUGGCCGGGCCGCUCAUUAUCCAUAGCGUGGAUGAUCCGUUAGUAAGGGGAGUUGACUAUGAUCAAGAUGUGAUACUGUUCAUGAACGAUUGGUAUCAUAACUUGAGUGCCCUAAUUUUGUCAGAGCAACUUUCACCCGAAGGUUACCUGGGUUCAGUUGCAGCACCCUUACGAUCUUUCUUCCUUGAUCUUAACCACUUCAAGAUCUCCUCCUUAAUCAACGGUAUCGGAUAUUUUGAUUGCACGAAUGCCGAUCCUGGUUCAACUUGUACAACCCCAACGAAGUAUUUGACAUUCGAUCUUCAUGCUGGUCGGAAAACUAGACUUCGCCUCAUAGAAGGUGGAAGUCAUGCUCUUUUUCGAGUAUCAGUUGAUCAGCAUACACUCAAUGUGACAGAGGCAGAUGCAACUGGAGUGGCCGGACCAACAGCGGUUCACCGGGUUCCUUUUCAUAAUGGCGAGAGGUAUAGUGUAAUUCUUGAUUUAAGCAAGGAUACCAUUGGAAGUACUUUCUAUCUUAGAGCAGCCAUGGACACAGAUUGCUUCGCUUGGCUUGCACCUGGAAUGGAUGGACAGGCAGCAACCGCUCGAGCGAUAAUCAGAGUAGUCGAUCCUGCAGCCACUACUUACAACACGACAGUUACAACUCCAAAUUCCACCGAUUGGUCCGAUAGUGUUUCUGGAGAUUGUCUUGACCUAGAUCCUGACACUUUAGUACCAUUAGUCCCAGAAGACGCAUGUACAAAUGUUUUGGGACGCCUAUACUAUGAGUCAAGUUUUGGAUUUACGACCACGACUGAAAACUCAACGACUGUCAGUUUAGGUCGAUUUUUCGUCAAUGAUACGACCUGGUUAACUUAUGUUUAUCAACCUUUGUUAAGUGAAAUGACUUCAGGAGGACGAGGAUUCCUCAAUACCUCAGAAGUAGCUGCAUUUACGAUGGAAACCAACGGAUGCUAUGAUAUUGUUAUCAACAAUCUCGAUGCUGCAAUUAACCAUCCAUACCAUCUUCAUGGAGUUGAUGCCAAAACCGUAGCCACCGGAACUGGGGAACUCAAUGACACGGUCGCUGCUACCUUGACCUAUAAUACCACCAAUCCAUUGAGAAGAGACGCGAGUUUUGAAGGUUCUGAGCAUAGAAACCCUCGUCCCAGGUGGAACGUACCGAUAAGGAUAGUUGCCGACAAUCCAGGUGUUUGGAUCUUACAUUGUCACAUUGGAUGGCAUCUAGGUGCAGGAUUCGCAGGGGUGUUCGUCAUGAAUCCCGCUGCCGUGAGUCAAUUCACAAUACCAGCUGCAAAUCAAGCUCUAUGUGAUGGAGCAACUGCUGCAACUAUCGACGAGAUUGAGCCCGGAAGAAGAAAACGAAGUUUACAAUCUGCCUAUCAAUUUUAG